AUGGCGGCUACGGUGGCGGCUUCCCGAGGAGGCAAGCGGAGUGGCGGUGGUGGCGGCGGGGCCGCGGGCCGGAGUGGCGAGGAGGAGGCACCUCCGCCCCUCCAGGCCGUGCUGGUAGCGGACAGCUUCAACCGUCGCUUCUUCCCUAUCUCCAAGGACCGGCCCCGGGCCCUCCUGCCCUUGGCCAAUGUAGCCCUGAUUGACUAUACUCUGGAGUUUCUGACUGCCACAGGGGUGCAGGAAACAUUUGUCUUCUGCUGCUGGAAGGCCCCUCAGAUCAAAGAGCACAUACAGAAGUCCAAAUGGUGCCUCCCCACGUCCCCCAACGUAGUUCGCAUCGUGACCUCAGAGAUGUACCGCUCUCUUGGGGACGUGCUCCGAGAUGUGGACGCCAAAGCCUUGGUGCGCUCUGACUUCCUGCUUGUCUAUGGGGACGUGGUCUCCAACAUCAACAUCAGCCAUGCCCUGGAGGAGCACAGGUUGCGGAGGAAACGGGAGAAGAACGUGUCUGUGAUGACCAUGAUCUUCAAGGAGUCCUCCCCUAGCCACCCUACACGGUGCCCUGAGGACAACGUCGUGGUGGCCAUGGACAGCGCUACCCACCGGCUUCUCCACUACCAGAAGACUCAUGGGCUCCGGCGCUUCUCUUUUCCCCUGAGCCUGUUCCAGGGUAGCGGGGAAGGAGUGGACAUUCGGUAUGACUUGCUGGACUGUCACAUCAGCAUCUGUUCCCCUCAGGUGGCUGAACUCUUCACUGACAACUUUGACUAUCAGACUCGGGAUGACUUUGUGCGAGGCCUGUUGGUGAAUGAGGAGGUCCUGGGCAACCACAUCCACAUGCAUGUCACAACCCGGGAGUACGGAGCCCGCGUUUCCAAUCUGCACAUGUAUGAGGCCGUGUGUGCUGACAUCAUUCGCCGCUGGGUCUAUCCUCUGACCCCAGAGAUGAACUUCACUGACAGCCCGGCCCAGAGCUGCACUCACUCCCGACACAACAUUUACCGAGGGCCAGAAGUGAGUCUGGGCCAUGGGAGCAUCCUGGAGGAGAAUGUGCUCUUGGGGGCCGGCACCAUCAUUGGCAGCAACUGCUCCAUCAAGAACAGCAUCAUUGGCCCUGGCUGCCACAUCGGUGACAACGUAUUACUGGACCGGACCUACUUGUGGCAAGGUGUUCGGGUGGCCAGUGGGGCACAGAUUCAUCAGUCUCUGCUAUGUGAUCACUCUGAGGUCAAGGAGCGGGUUACUUUAAAGCCACGCUGUGUCCUUACUUCCCAGGUGGUGGUGGGCCCAGAUCUUGAGCUGCCCGAGGGCUCUGUUAUCUCCCUGCACCCUCCAGAUCAGGAGGAGGAAGAGGAUGAUGACCAAUUCAGUGACGACUCUGGAGCUGACAGAAAAGAAAAAGUGAAGUUCACAGGUUACAACCCCUCUGACGUGGGGGCUGCAGGCCAGGGCUACCUCUGGAGAGCAGCGGGAGCAGGCACCAAGGAGGAGGAGGAAGAAGAGGAGGAGCUUCGGCAGAGCCUAUGGGGACUCACAGUCAACAUGGACGAAGAGAGUGAAAGUGACAGUGAGCGCAGCGUUGGCUCUCAGGAGAUGGAUAGCCGGGCAGGCUCCCCGCAGCUGGAUGACAUUAAAGUGUUCCAGAAUGAAGUGGUGGGGACCCUGCAGCGAGGCCAAGAGGAAAACAUCUCCUGCGAUAACCUGGUCCUGGAAAUCAACUCUCUUAAGUAUGCUUAUAACAUCAGCCUCAAGGAGGUGAUGCAGGUGCUCAGCCAAGUCGUCCUGGAGUUCCCUCUGGAGCAGCUCAACUCCCAGCUGGACCCCAACCGCUACUGUGGACUCCUGUUACCUCUGCUCCGGGCCUGGAGCCCCGUGUUCAAGAACUACAUCAAGCGUACAGGAGACCACUUGCAGGCUCUGACGGCCAUCGAGGACUUCUUCCUGGAACACGAAAGCCUGGUCACCUCCAUAGCCAAGGUGCUGAUGACCUUCUAUGAGCUGGAUAUCCUCGCUGAGGAGACCAUCCUACAGUGGUUCAAUCAAAGGGACGUGCCAGAUAAGGGCCAGAAACUGCGAAAGAACCAGCGGCUACAGAAUUUCAUCCGGUGGCUCAAAGAGGCAGAAGAAGAGUCAUCGGAAGAUGAACAAGACUGAGGCUCUGCUAGGGCUGCCCCGCAGACGUGGCCUCCCGUCCUGGACCCUGCAAAAGAGCACGUGUGGAUGAGCAGCCACCCCCCAGGCCAGGACACAAGCCCCAGGCCCUCCUCAGCCUGGAGUCUGGGGCCUGGGGAAGAGGUGACGACCUGCAGGGAAGAAGCAUCUGCCAGGGGACAAAGCCCCCAAGUCCGGGGGUUGGGUCUGUGUCAGUCUCAUCCCCAGGAGGACGCUGAUCCAAAGACCACGGGCUCCCCUUGGCUCACCUGACCUCUCUUGGGGCAUUGAAGUGAGCCACUGGGCCCCUUUGCUGCUUGUAUUGACAAUUUGAAAAAAGUGUGUUUUGUUUCUGCCCUAUUCUGCCUUAACUGGCUCCUGAGGACCAGCCAGUGGAGCUCGGGGAUGGUAGUGGGGCCGGGGUGGGCCUGGGGAGAAUCCUCCCUCCAACCCCAAAGCUGUGGGGCUUGGAGCCAGGGCAGGGCCAGAGGAAGUCAAACUUAGGCUUUCUUCCCAGGCAGCCCUGUGUUGGGACACCUUGGACUGCUGUUCCUGGAGCCUGGUGGGCCUCUUAGGGCAGGGGGUCGGGUCAGGAGGGUGGCGAGCACAGCCCGGGUGGCAGCCAGCUGUGGGGGCCCAGGAAAGCAGCCCUUCCUGCCUGUCUCACCACCAGGAAACAAAUAAAUCUUGGCUGUUCCAUC